UGUGGCUUCUGCCUCGGUGCCGGUAGGGAGGUCACGCUGCCGCAAGAGUGACCCGACGAUACGAACGACCUUUCGUGACACGAACGAAUUGUAACAUAUUAUUUUGUCCGAAUUUGAAAACCAUACAUACGACUCUGGAACGAGAUAAGUGGAAAUAGUAAGAGAAGGGAAUAGAUAAAUACGUAAAAUCGAUAUAUAUAUAUUUGUGUUUAACUGUUGCAAAUCUUAGAAAGUUAAACAGCUUGACACUGCGUUAAUAAAUAUAAGAAUUAUAAAAGUGAGAAAUUUAUUUCAGGAAUUAUACAAGUGAGAGAAUUUGUUUAUCUUUAAAAAUCAAUUUGGUAAUUAAUACAAAAUGGUCAGGUGCAUGAUCAGAUCCCACAACCAGCAAUACAAGAUCGCUGCUCGAGGGGAUGACGCGGAGAACAUGUGCAGCUCCACCCUGGAGCCUGAUCCCAGGUACCAGGGAUGCUGCUCCAACAUCUUCCGGCCGGGGAAGGUCCUCAGGGACGUCAUCAUUGGGUUCCUCGUCGUCCUGGCCAUCGCUGUUGUCAUCGCCGUCCUCUUCGUCGUCUGCUUCUACGUUCUCCCUGAAACAGAGUCUGCAGACAAACUGGAAGAAAGCGCCUUCGUAGGCAAGCCCAUCGAGGACGAGGUGAACAUUAACGAAGUCGAGCUGACGGACAACACCAGGUACGACGUGCGGCCCGAUGUGGUCCUCGAGAGCAUACGGAAAGACAAAGAACUGAACGAUCCCAAUCACGAUGCCGCUGAACACCACGAGGAGCAUCACCGAAAAGAGUCGACAGCCACAGUGGAAUCUGAGCCAGAGGAAGCUGCUGCGCCGGAGCCUGAACCAGAGGGUGACGAUCACGAACACAUCCACGAAGACGACGGAAUGGCACAUGAGCACAGCUCUGCUGAGGGUAAAAUGCAUGAUGGACACUUGGCCAAUUUCAGCGAAAUAUCCCACGAAUCCAAAACCCCCCACGAUCAUGAGGUCAGCGUAAGUGAAAUGCCCCAUGAAAUGGACAAAGGAGAUGCCUUACCUCAUGACCAUAUGCAUACUGAUUCUCACGACCACAUGCAUACAGGUCCUCAUGAUGACUUGCAUACUGGUCCACAUGACCACACGCAUACUGGUCCACAUGACCACACGCAUACUGGUCCACAUGACCACACGCAUACUGGUCCACAUGACCACAUGCAUACUGGUUCUCAUGACAACAUGCAUACUGGUGGUCAUUUGCAUCAUGAGGAUGGCAACAAGGCAGUUGAAAUGCCCGGUGAACAUACUGAGAGUGAACACACCCAUGAUCAUACAAUGGGACAUGAACAUGAAGGAACAGCCUUUGCUCCCUCUGCACCUGUAAACGAAGAGGUUCUGGAAGUUGUUGGAGCACCAGCUUUGGAAACCACUCCAGAGUUGCCAACAGAACGUACAGUGGUAUCCGUUUCCAGUCCAUCCGGUCCAGGCGCGAAAGUCCAGGUUCAGUCAUCUGAGUCUGAAUUUACUGCAACCUCUGAUCCUCCGGUGUCAUUCGAAGAACGGUUUGCAAGUGGAAUACUCCCUCCUCUCUUCGAAACCUUGGGCCCACGUUUCAAUGGAACAGGUUCUUUCAGUGGCACCGAAGAGCCAACAGGAACUCAACCAGAAAAAGAGCCAGAAGAAGUUAUUGUUCCAGGGUUUGGUAUAGAAGAGGUUGAGUCCCCUUUCCUUAGACCUGAGGAGGUACUACCAGCACAACCGGUCGCUACAGUUCCAGGAACUUGCCGUAAACGCCAGGUUGAAAUGUGCAGUGACUUGCCAUAUGGCCUUACAUCCCUUCCAAACUGGGCAAAUGACCAAACUGAAAGAGAUCUGAAUGAAAGUUCACUUCCAUUCUUUAGAGAUGUAAUUGUGAGGUCAGGUUGCUCUCCAAGAGCACGCCAGUAUGCUUGUGGUAUUUUAGAGCCACCCUGCAAAAGUGACGGAUCAAUUGUCCCACCUUGCCGCACCUUCUGCAGAUCUGUAGCAGCAACUUGUCAAGAAUUCGUCAUUUCUGCAGUUAGUCUGAGAGGUGUCUUUGACUGUGAGAAAUUCCCUGACUCUACCGAUCCAGCUGUAUGCUUUGACAUGACCCAAGAGCCUUGUAUAGGGCUGGAGCACCGGUGCGGCGACGGCCGGUGUGUCGCGAGAAGGCUCGUCUGUGAUGGCCUCCCAGACUGUGUAGACCGAUCGGAUGAGGCAACAUGUCCAAAUCGUGCUCAAGCUCCUGGAGAUGAAGUCUUGCUUGAGGAUCCCAGCCCUGCUCCCAGCAUCCCUACUGGCCAGGAACAGCCAUCCUCUCCCGUUCUGGAACUGUCACCCAAGGAGUCCCCAGUACCUGAGCUAUUACCCGAGGAGUCCCCAGUACCUGAUCUGUUACCUGAGGAGUCCCCAGUACCUGAUCUUUUACCUGAGGAGUCCCCAGCACCUGAUCUUUUAGCCGAGGAGUCCCCAGUACCUGAUCUUUUAGCCGAGGAGUCCCCAGCACCUGAUCUUUUAGCCGAGGAGUCCCCAGUACCUGAUCUUUUACCCGAGGAGUCCCCAGCACCUGAUCUUUCUGCCCCUCUGGUUGAGGGAAACCUGACUGAACCACUUGCUGUGGAUGAGAUAUUCCCCACUGACGCAGAAGAGAUUAUAGCCACAACUCAAGAUUAUCCUACAGAAAAUACUGAAUUGGCAGGUCAAGAUCCCACCAUCCGCUCCCCGCUGACAGCAGAGGAAGAGGUUGCGGUACACAAUGAGGAACCAUCCUUGACAGCAGAAGAAGUUGGGGUUGGGGUACACAAUGAGAAACCAUCCCUGACAGCAGAAGAAGUUGGAGUACACAAUGAGGAACCAUCCCUGACAACAGGCGUUGGGGUACACAAUGAACAACCAUUCCUGACAGCAGAAGAAGUUGGGGUACACAAUGCAGGACCAUCCUUCCUAGGAGCUCUGUUUGGUUUUGAAACAGAAGUAGCCCCAGUGGAAGAGUUUGUAACAACAGAAACUCCUUUAUCUGUGGCAGCUGCUGCUGCUGAAUUGGAGGGUACUGGAAAGGACCUUGUCUCUUCAAGCGCACCUACUGUCCUUUGCGAUGACGAGAAUUUCCUGUGUCACGAUGGAGCAAACUGUGUUCCACUCUCAGCUGUGUGCGAUGGUUUCCAGCAAUGCACUGAUGGCUCUGAUGAAUCUAAUUGCACACACACUGGAUGCCCCAGUGGAGAGUUCAAGUGUGCCACAACAGAGCUCUGUAUUCCUAACUCGUGGCUUUGUGACGGUGCCGACGACUGUCAUGACAACAGCGACGAAAGCAAUUGCGAUGCAGACCUCUCCUCUGACAGCGAACUACUUCCUUCUUCACACAUCCCUACAACUGGUGACCAGCUAGAAGGUUUGGCACCUAUAGGUCAAUUCCCAUUCCCAGGAGGAUAUCAGCCAAAUUCCCUUCAGAAUAACUUUGAUGUAAGCUCUGAAAACAUAAGCUCUAACAACAAAGCACCUGCUUAUGGAGACAACUGGCCAGCAGAAAGUCAAGAGGAGCACUAUACAGAAGGUGACGACUAUCAUCUUGGGGGCAGUGAAGAAGGGGUCUACACCAACAGUGAAAGCAUUAAUACAUUUGCAUAUGCCGAUCCAAAUGAUCAAAUAUUUGCAGUAAAUGAUGGUCAGGAAAACUUACCUCCAGCUCUCAAGGAAGGAGAAGAGUAUCAGCACUUUUCAGAAGAGGAGAGCUAUAUUCACCAGUAUGCAGGAGAUAAUAGAUCCCCCAAGGAGUAUCCUGUUGCAGACAAUGGCGUGAGUUCUCUACCUAAUGCAGAAAAUGCCCUGAAAGAAAGUCAUGAAUCUAACUUAGAAGCCCUGUCUGAAGAUGAAAGCUAUGUUCUACCAUCUGACCUUCACAGCGAAAACGAUCAAGAGGUGCAUGCCGAGUCAUACUCACAAGAAAGUUCAUUCCCUCAGUCUGCAGAAACAAUAAUCAGUGAUGGAUCUCAAAAUCAGCAUGAAGAAGGGCUGCAGUAUAUUUCUUCAUCUGAGGAUUACAGUCUGCAUGACAGCGGCUCAGAAGAUUAUUACGAAGAUGAUAGUCAGCCACUAUCUGAAGAACAGCCUUCAGAAAGCAGCCCUGAUUACUAUGAUGAAACAUCAACAGAUGACUUAAAGGUUAAUUUAGAUUAUUCAGUAGACUCUGAUGUAGAAAAUAUUAACACAGAAGACCCGUAUACUGAACCAGAGGAAGAAGUUUCUCAGGAAUCUCGUGUAAAGGAUUCAGGAUUUAUUGAUGAAUACUUAGCUGUGGAUGACCCAUGGGCAGAGCAAGUUGAUUCACAGCAUGACUCUGUGUAUGCCUCUGAUGAACAUCUGAAAACUAGUUCUGUGUCAGAUUCUCAUGCUUACUCGGAUGAUCCUUAUGAAGAAAGUGAUCAACUAAAUGGUAAUGAAGGUACUCAGAGAGAGGAUAUUCAUCCCUCAGGAGAUCAUGAAACUUUUAAUGAUCAGAGUUCUCAGUCUCAGCAUCACCAACCGGAAAGUUUUAAUAUCUAUGCAGCAGGACAAGAAACGCCUUCCUGGGAACAACAAUCCCCAGAGACUGAAAUCUCAUUUCAUCAGAAUGAAUCUUCUUUAGAUGGAAAAUUACCAGAACCAUUACCUACUGAGGAACAGCAGCAUUCAGAAAGUUAUUAUUCCUCUGAUGAAAUUAGUACUUCCAAGGAGAGUAAUUCUUAUCAUCAAAAUGAAUCGUCACUAGAAGUCCAGAGCCUACAUGAGCUUGACCAAAUCCAGGAAACUCAACCUCAAGAGUUAACAGAAAAAUCAGUAGCUGAAACAUCUAAUCAAGACAUUAAGGAAGUUGAUGUUUUUGCUGAUGAAGCAAUAAAUCAAGGCAUUACCACAUCAACAACAACAGAAGCCUCAGCAGACACUACAGUAACUCAGACCCCUUACAGAUUUAGAGGCUUCAAUCGUUUCUACAACAAUCGCCGGCCAACUCGACCAAGCUUUAAUAGACAUGUUACAGAACAACCUACAUCUACAACUGAGCCACCAAAUUCUGAUGACACAAGUUCUACAUCUGCAGUUCCAAAUGUAAACUUCAGGUCUCGUUUUCAACAGUGGCGAACAUCUCGAAUUCCAGGCCAACCAACUUACGAAUCAAUGAGAACUAAGUCACUGAGGGAAAGAUUCCGUGGAAAUUCUCGUGCAAAUAGUAACCAGGUCCCAGAGGACAGCAUUGCAGAAAGUUCAAACCACACUCCUUACCAAAGGACUGCAACACGUCGCCCGUCCAGCAUCCGAACUUCUCGGAUAUCAGUCCCACAGAAUCAUUUCUACCAGGAGGAAUUUUUAAAAGAAAGUGCUGUGGUUCCUGAAGCAGAAACAGAUAAAUUGUUUGAACAAACAGCUCCACUGGCUGAACCAGUUAGUUUUUCUGAAAAUGUAGAGUAUCCAGAUUCUCAAGAUGCAUCUCCAGAUCACACAGUAGAGUUCAGCAUUGCUCACCCGUCUGAAACUUACGGAGUUCCCGCUGACAUUAACGACUCCAGACUGGUUGUAGACCCACCGGCACAGACUUACAACUUCGAAUAUCAGACAGAUCCCCGACUUCUGGAAUACAGACGAGACACUUCUGAGUAUGACCUAGCUAAUAACCAUUCGCCCAUAUACCUACCAUAUUCCCCAGUCCAGUAUGCUAAAGGUAACUUACAAAACUAGACGAAUAUCCACGUGGUCUCAACAUGGUCUACUUACUUCAAGUAUGUAUAAGUUUUUCUUAUUAUUUGGAAUGCCUUUGCGUAUAUGUUACAGCAUGAUCAGCUCUUCGUCCCACAUUAGUCCUUUCUUAGUUACAUUAUUGAAUAAAAAAUGAAAACGUAGUUGAAAUGAUCACAUUUUUGUAUGGCAUGAACAACUCAAGAGAUUACCAUCCAUGCAUGAGAUUGCAUUCAUUUGAAAAUCACAGACACCAAAAGUAUAAUUUAUUUUGACCACAAGUAAAUACAUUCAUUUCUCUGCCUUGUCUUUGCAUUGUACUUUAGAAGGGGAAUGAUAGAUGAAAAAAUGUCUGGCUUUAGUUUGAUUUAUUCAUCAGAUGAGACAAUUGCUGAACACAGUCUUAAGAUGUUAAACAUUAGACUUGAAAUGUUAAACGUGGGACUUGAGAUGUUGAACAAUGAACUUGAGAUUCAUCUAUCAUCAAAAGUCUAAAGAUUUGAAUACCUUACUUAAUCACCCAGUAGGGCAUGUUUCCCCUCCCCAUGUCCCCACAAGAGAUCUCAGAAUAGUGACUGUAUAUAAGAAAUUC